UUCGGCAAUUCUUUCGCAGAAAUAGCCAUGGGAUCAUUUAAGAAAGUUCAAGAAGUGCUUUGUUUGUGUCUAAUGGAAGAGAUCAUAGACGAAGAAGAGUUUGCUCUGCUUUACGAAGCAUACAAGCCGAGUAACCUUCCUUUUUCUCACUCGGCGUAUGAAAAGUUUUCCCUCGCGAAUAAAGACCCAGCCGAAUGUAAAGCUGAUUUCCGAGUGGAAAAGAGAGAUAUUCCUUUGCUUCUUGACGCACUAAGAGUACCUCCUGUCUUUCAAUGCCGCAAUGGAACAAUUUGCGAUGGAGUGGAAGGCUUGUGUAUAAUGCUGAAAAGGUUUGCUUACCCGUGCCGGUAUUCCGACAUGAUUCCUAUUUUUGGACGAUCCGUGCCCGAACUUAGUAUGAUUAGCAAUGAAGUUGUAGACUGGAUGUAUACAACUCAUGGUCACAAAAUAACACAGUGGAAUCACGACCUUUUAAAUCCAGCUGCACUGAAUCAAUAUGCUGAUGCCAUUAGCAAUAAAGGAGCAGCACUGAAAAAUUGUUUUGGUUUUAUAGAUGGAACUGUACGCCCCAUUUCUAGACCGGAUGCAAACCAGAGAAUUGUAUACAAUGGACAUAAACGAGUUCAUGCGCUAAAAUUUCAGUCUGUUGCGCUCCCAAAUGGACUAAUUGGCCAUCUAUAUGGUCCUGUUGAAGGAAGGAUGCACGAUGCACGAAUGUUGGCAGUUUCUGAUCUGUAUAAUGAUUUGGAAAAUUUUGCUUUCUGUCCAGCUAGAACAGAAAUGUGUUUAUACGGUGAUCCAGCCUACCCACUUAGGGUCCACCUCCAGGCCCCCUUCCGAGUUGGGGUUUUAACCAGGCAAAUGGAAAUUUUUUAAUGAAAAAAUUAGUGCAGUACGUGCAUCUGUAGAGUGGUUA